UGGAAGAGAGGGACGGGUAGUUAGAGAGAGAGAGAGAGAGAGAGAGAGAGAGAGAGAAAGCAGGUGACAGCUAAAGAAGUGCGCCAGUUUCUGCUCCCAUCAUUUCACCGCUCUUAGUUGGUCAGAGCGUCGCCUCCGGUCGGGAAAUAACACUAAGAAUAAUUUACUCCUCUCCUUUUCUCCAUUUGUUUUCACACUUUUUUGGGGAAAAAAAAUAUAGAUUUAUAUAUCUAUUUUUAAAAGACUCGUUGACAUUAUGGAGAGUUUGGCGCUGCGGGUGGAAUGGAGAGUCCAGUAGACGCGCCGCGAUUGGUCCCAUCACCGUGUGGAUAUUGGAACAGGUAGAGCAGAGCUCAGCUCAGAAAAAAAAGAAAAGAAAAAACACCCAGAACCGCCUCGUUUCUUUCUUUCUUUCUUUUUUUUUUUUUGGAUUAACCUGUGGGUCGAAAACGCGAUUUCCUUUCCCCGUGUUCAGCAGCGUCUCAGACUCUCAGGAUCUCGUGUAAAAAUCGUACAUGGGAACUUGUGAGGACCAGAAGACGCGUUCGCCCGCGGCAUCCCUGCUUGCUUGUGAAUUUAUGUCUCGCAGCACUUAGAGGUCGGACCUGUGAGCUCCUGCUGCUUUACCGCGCUGUGGAUUGAGACCGUUUUCGGACUUCUAGACAACUUCGGAAGUCGGAUAAAAAAAUAUAAACGGGAUUUGCUUUGGAAUUUUCAUUCCAAAUCCAUCCAUUGCGAGAGGAUCCUCCAGCACGAACCACUUUAUUAGCUGCUAUUUUAGGAUGCUCGUCAUGAACAGGCCAUCUUCCUCGGGCUGGGUCAAAGCCAUGGGCACGCGACAUGGAGUGGUUGCAAUCACAUUUCUUGCCUUCUUCAUGCAAGUGGUGGUGGAGGCUACCUCAUGGUGGUCUCUGGCUAUGAACCCACUGCUGGUUCCCGAGGCUUACAUCAUAGGCGCUCAGCCGCUUUGCAGUCAGUUGGCAGGCUUGUCCAAAGGCCAGAAGAAGCUGUGCCAGCUGUACCAGGACCACAUGCAGUAUAUCGGCGAGGGCGCCAAGACAGGGAUCCGGGAGUGCCAGUACCAGUUCCGCCAUCGACGCUGGAACUGCAGCACAGUGGAUAAUUCCUCAGUAUUUGGCCGUGUCAUGCAGAUUGGAAGCCGCGAGGCAGCAUUUACAUAUGCAAUCAGCGCUGCAGGCGUAAUGAAUGCAGUGAGCCGAGCAUGCAGGGAGGGUGAGUUGUCGAGUUGUGGCUGCAGCAGGGCGGCCAGGCCCAAAGAUCUUCCACGAGACUGGCUCUGGGGAGGUUGUGGAGACAACCUGAACUACGGCUAUCGCUUCAGCAGGGAGUUUGUCGAUGCUCGUGAACGAGAAAAGGCAUACGAGAAAACUACUACGGAGAACGCACGACUCUUGAUGAAUCUCCAUAACAACGAAGCUGGGCGGAUGAUGGCAUCUGACCUGGCCCACGUAUCAUGUAAGUGCCACGGGGUUUCGGGUUCAUGCAGCCUGAAGACCUGCUGGCUCCAGCUGGCCGAUUUCCGUAAAGUGGGUGAUGCGCUUAAAGAGAAGUAUGAUAGUGCAGCGGCCAUGAAGGUUAACACACGUGGCAAGCUGGUGCAGGUGCACUCUAAGUUCAACCCGCCCACCACCCACGAUCUGGUGUAUGUGGAGUCCAGCCCGGACUACUGUGUGCAGAACCACAGCACAGGCUCGCUGGGCACGCAAGGGCGUCUCUGCAACAAGACCUCCGAGGGCAUGGACGGUUGCGCGCUCAUGUGCUGCGGUCGUGGCUACGACCAGUUCAAGGCCACACUGGUCGAACGCUGCCACUGCAAAUUUCACUGGUGCUGCUACGUCAAGUGCAAGCGCUGCACAAGGGUCGUCGAUCAGUUUGUGUGCAAGUAGCCUGCUCUUAAUUGCAUCUUAUUUUAUUUUAAUUUUUUUGCUGAAAGAGAGCACGAGUUGUCUGCAAGUAGGAUCCCUUUUUCCACAAGAAGAUGGAAGAACCUUUGGGAAAGUUGGGCAAUGGAAAGAAAAAGAACUAUAUAAAUUAUAUUUAUAGAAUCAAAACAAUUAUACUGUUUCAGAAAAGACUGACCUCUUUGUGUGUGUUUUAUAUUUUACAUUCUUAAAGCAAUAGGUACAAGAAGUUUAAAGAAAGAGUAUUUAUUUUCUGUGAUCUUUUUUUUUUUUUCUUUUUUCCUUUCUCUUUUGUUCCCCCAAUGUUUUUUUCAAAAAUGGAAUUUUUCGCAUGUGAGUGCAAUCCGACGACCCGGACAAAAGCAAAACCUUCCCGUUUAUCCACAAAAGGGUAAAUCGGUUCAUUUUGGUCCUUUAAGAGGUUCAAGUGCCGCACUGGCAUUUUACUCAACCACACCGAGUGACUUGAGUAAUGCGGUGCCAUAGUGUUUCGUUUCAGUCUCAACCACUGUCUGCCUGGGUUUGUAUAUCACUAAGAGUGGCUAUAUCAUGGUUAUUGUGUGCUGCAAGGAUAAGCUGAUUGAUGUGUCUUUAAACCCAAGCACACUUAAGCGUCACAAGCUACACUCUGUUCUAGAUCAGGAAGUCUUUGUGUUAAUCCUGGUGUAAAGAAUGCUUCGUGUUUCAGCUCCAGUUCGUUACUAUAAAUGUAGCGUGGGACUAUUACACGUGUUCUUUUUUUUUUUACACACACGUUUCUGCACUGAGUGACCAUGCAACCAAAGCUCUCUGACCCAAGCAGCCUGAAUAAAAUGUCACUCACGGCUUUUAAGUUUUACGCACCUGUUUUCUAGUGGCACGUCUGGUGAAGGUGCUGCUGCUUGAGCUACGUUACACAAAAUCAGGCCAUAGUUUUGGGAUGAAAAGCACUUUUGGAAGCUGGGUGGCUACAUGGUUGAGUACGAAAAUGUACAGGCUAUCUUUAGAGUGUGAACAAUGCACAAUGGUGGUGCUGAUUUAUGAUAAGGGAUUGACACUGGGAAAUGGCUAAAUACACUUAAUUUUAAAAUGUUAAAUACAUUUCGGUUCUUUACACAUGUUUAUUCUUGAAAGGCACAUCAUCGUUGGCACCUACAUCCAUCCGACAAACUUGCCUUUUUUUGUUCGUUCGAUCAAAGUCGAAAAUAUUCAUCCUUUUGGGAUUUCUUGUCAUAAACUUUCAUUUAACUACUAUACAGUUACCACUAGUUAUUCAUUCUUUCAUUUUAUCAUUACUACUAUAAUUCAUUAUAAAAUCCAACCAGUAUAUUUAUUAGCUGACAAACAUUGAGGCUUUUAAAAAGGUAUUUUUUUGUGAAUGACUUUUUUUUAUACAUGUAUUUUUUUUUUUAAUCAAACUGUUAAUGUUCUUUAAUAAAUUUUAAAUAUUAACAAAGUCCAGCAUCUGAAACCAAACCCUUGAAUCAUUGAAUCAGCUUUUUUUUUUUUUUUUUUUAAAACAGUCAUCUAUUAUUUUACUCAUGCAACUAAAUACACCACGUUAAACGUGUGUGUAUGUGAGAUAAAGUGAUAGUUCUUCUAUAUUUGUACAAACAUUAUUAAGGUAAGAUAUUCUGUAUUUUUAUAUGUCAUAUGAUCAUCCUGAGUGUUGAUGCUUCUGCAUAUGACACGUUCUGAAAUAACGAUUCUUUGAGUUGAGAAACCAAAUGAAGCUUUUGAACAAAUAAAAAGAAAAUGUAGAAACCA